AUGAUGUAAAUUAGAUAGUAGUAGAGUUGCUAUUAUAAUUCAAAUUCCCUAAGAUUAAAAUCAAGAGUGAUACUCAAUCCCAUAGUUUAAUCAACUUCAGAUAUUAAAUCCCCCGUAAAUAUCUCAUAAACUAGUAAAGUUUAAGAUCAAUAAUUAUAACUCCAAAAAGGUUUGAAUAAUGUUAUCGAUGAAACUAUCUAAUCUAAUUCUAAUUGUCAUUCUAAUAGAAACUAAAAAGAGACAUUAUUUAUUGUCAAAACUUCUCGAAUCAAUGUUGGAAAUGAUUAAAAUCAAAAGGUUCACAGCACAAGUCUGUAGAAAUCUUAACCAAAAGGCAUAUUGAAAUAGAAAAGCAAGUUGACUCAAUAAAAUUUUGAUAUUAGAAAUUUUGAUACCAAUGAUAUCCCAUUAUUGAACACCAAACGAACUAAAUUUUAAAAACAAAAGCCUUCUUUGCCAUCUUAAGUAUCUUUCCAUCCUUUUUUUGCAGAAAAUAAUUCACCAAAAAGAGUGUCUUUUAAUGAUUAGGUUUAUUUUAAAACGAUUGAUGAAUAUAUCUCCAUCAAACCUAAACGAUAUGUAUUAGCAGAUCUUUAAUGA